ACAAUUCGCUUGUGAAUCAAAUCUUAGUAAUAACAUAGCUAGCUAGUAUCAAGAAAAUGGAUUUUUUCCACAAAGCUAAAUCCGUUAGGAUGCGUAACGUCCAUGAGAAGUAUCUAACGGCGGACGAGGACGAAGAGACGGUGACUCAAGACAGGAAUGGUUCCGACAAGAGAGCUCGAUGGACCGUCGAACCAGUUCGUGGUUCCUUUGAAGUGAUCCGUUUAAGGAGUUGUUACGGUAACUACCUCACCGCUUCGAACGAGCGGUUCUUGCUCGGUGCCACGGGACUUAAAGUGGUCCUGUCGAAACCUAGUCGGCUUAACGCGUCCGUCGAGUGGGAGCCGGUGAGAGAAGGAUCUAAAAUGAAGCUCAAGACUAGGCAUGGUAACUUUCUACGAGCCAAUGGUGGACUUCCUCCGUGGCGUAACUCAGUCACUCAUGACUCUCCUCAUACUUCGGACUCGUUCUUGUGGGAUGUUGAUAUCGUUGAGAUCUUGGUUGAAACGGCUACUCCAGCUCCAGCAGUGGCUACAACUCCUCCGCUACAUAGGAGGCCGUCGAGCCCCCCACCACAUAGGAGGCCAUCGAGUCCUUCUCCGCCACAUAGGAUCCCGUCAAAACCUCCGGUGUCUAGGAGUUCUUCAGAAACAUCCGAGGAAAAUUUGACUGAGUCGCCGCCGAAAUCUGAAGGAAGGAUCAUAUAUUACCACAUCGCAGACGAAGAGGGUCACGUGGAGGAUGAGUCGGCCGUUGGAUACGCUUUAACUUUCAAAGGAAACAGCGUGGAGAAGUUGACGCAGGCGCUGAAGGAAGAGACUAGCAUGGAUGAUGUUGUCGUGUGUACACGCAAUCCUUUAAACGGCAAGCUGUUUCCUCUUCGUUUGCAGCCUCCGCCAAAUAGCGGAACAAUGCAUGUCGUUCUCGUACCCUCAAAUACUUUUUAAAUGGCGUGCUAUGUGUGUUCUGCAAUAUUGGUCGAAGUGUUGAGAAAUAUGGUGUUGACCAAAAUGUAAACGAUUGGUCCCCCGUUCCAUUAGAUACGAGUAUGCAGAUAGGUCAUUACUGUGGGUGCUAAUCUUUCAUUUUUUUUGUUAUUUUGUAAACGAAUCACUUAAGUUUAGCCAUUUUAUAUGUGAACAUCCGCGAUAAUAAAAUGAUGUUAUUAUAA